AUGGUGGAAAAGCUUCAAGUGUCUAAUAGCAACUUCAAAGAGAUCUUCACCUCUCAAAGAUCAUAUGUGAGAAGCUAUGCUGAAACGUUCUUUUCAGAAAUAAAAACAUUACAAUUGACUUCUCUAUGGAAGCUCAAUUCCAUUGGGCUAGAGCAUACUUCUCUACAUGGAAACCUGGAAACAUUGGAAGUGCAAAAUUGUCCUUGUUUGAUUAACUUGACACCAUCCACUGUGUCUUUCUCAAAUCUAAGCGGUCUGUGUGUAAUUGGUUGCCAUCGAUUGGUAUAUUUGUUCACUUCUUCAACUGCAAAAAGUUUAGCUUUACUCGAAGAGUUGACUGUGGAAAGAUGUAGAUUAAUAAAACACAUAGUGGCUCGAGAAGGAGAUGAAACAGAUAAAGAAGAGAUAACAUUUGGGAAGCUCAAAACAUUGUCUCUUGCAUUUCUGCAAAGUCUUGGUAGUUUUCAAGCAGGGAAUUCUACUCUGAACCUCCCGUCCUUGGAACUUGUGAUUGUUCACCAAUGUUGCAGAAUGAAAAUUUUCUCUCACGGAGCCAUAAAAGCAACUGAGCAUCUAAGAGUUUCAACCAAGCCUCCUGAACAUCUGGAAUAUUCUGGCAUGGAUUUAAAUGUCUCCAUAGAAUUGAUUUUUUGCUCACAGCUUGCAACCUUUGCAAGUGAUGUAUCAUAUUUGAAGCUUGGUGAUCACCCGGAGCUACAAGAGAUAUGGGGGGGUGUUAUUCCAGUCCCUGAAGGAGGCUUCCCUAACUUGAGGACUUUGACAGUGGAUGGUUGCCAAUCGUUGACACAUGUGAUUCCCUCUCAUUUGGUUUCCUUCCUCUGUAACAUGGAAUGCUUAACUGUACGAAAUUGCAAUGCUGUCAAGGCCAUAUUUGAUGUGAGCCCCAUCCCCGCGCCUUCCUCCUUUGCAUUGGAAGAAUUGACGUUGGAACAAUUACCCAAUCUGGAGCAUGUUUGGGAUGAGGAUCCUAAGGAAAUUCUCAGCUUCCAAUGUCUGCAGAAAGUGUAUAUUGAUGGGUGUAAUAGCCUUAAGAGCUUGUUUCCAGCAUCAAUGGCCCAAGGCAAGCUUGAAAGCCUCGAAGAUCUAAAAGUGAAAAAUUGUGAACAGUUAGUAGAAAUUGUUGCCGGGUAUGAAUCAGUCUCAGGAGGAGCAACUUCAAUCUCAAUUAUCUUUGCUGGCUUAACCAUGCUGAAGCUCCAUACAUUGCCAGAGCUCAAGUGCAUUCAUCCAACACUAAAUUUGGAGUGGCCCAAGUUAGAAAAAUUAGUUGUCUAUUGUUGCGGUCAGCUGAAGAAUUUCCCAACAUUGGAUCAAGAUCACCUUGCAAAAGAUACAGAAACCACUAUCACAUUAGAAAAGGUUUUUCCCAAUCUAGGGCAUCUGUCACUCAGCAAGGAAAACAUUAUGCAGAUUUUGCAAGCAAAGCUUCUUCAGAGAGUGAAAUUUAUCAAAUUGAAAUUCUUUAAUGAUGAUUUAGGUGAAUUUCCAUAUGAAUUCUUCCAGAAGGAAUCACUGCCCCAUUUAGAAGAGCUUCAAUUGUCUCAUAGUAACUUCAAGAAAAUAUUCACCUCUCGAAGAUCUGAUCUAGAUGGCUAUAUUGAUGCGUUAUUUUCACAGCUAAAAACCUUAGAAUUGAGAUUUUUGUCAAAGCUCAAUUCCAUUGGGUUAGAGCACACCCAUCUACCUGAAGACCUAAAGAUCUUAAAAGUGGAUAAUUGUCCUUGUUUGAUUUAUUUGGCACCAUCAACUGUGUCUUUUACAAAUCUAAAGGAUCUGGAUGUUGGUAAUUGUGAUGGAUUGGUAUAUUUGUUCACAUCCUCAACAGCAAAAAGUUUAGCUUUACUUGAAGAGUUGUCUGUAAUUGAAUGUGGAUCAAUACAAGAAAUAGUGGCCAAAGGAGAUGGGUUGGACCAAGAUGAGAUAAAAUUUGAGAAUCUCAAAAAAUUAUAUCUCCACUCUCUGCCAAGACUUGAUAGCUUUUACACAGGGAGGUCCAGUAUGAAAUUCCCAUCCUUGGAGCAAGUUUCAAUACUCAAUUGCUCCCAAAUGAAAAUCUUCUCUCCUGUUGACAUAUAUGCACCGGCUAAUGUGACGGUUAUUUAUUAUGGGAAUAAUAAUGUUAGAGCCAUGAUGGAGAAGGCCAUUAAGAAGGCAGCCUGAGUUGUUAUAAUUGAUAAAUUUUGCACUGUUAUUGGCAGGAUCAUCUUUUACAAGACAAGCUUAUUUUGGUUCAGCUCCUCAGUCCUACCGCAUUAAAGUAAAUAGUUGAGGGAGUUUGGAACUGUCCACAUCGUUUUCCCUGGGUUGAUGAUUUAGAAAUUGAAGACCAUUAAGUCUGUGUGUUGCCUCAGUAGUUGCAGACUGUGAGUCGUAAAUAUUCAGACAUGAAAACUUCAUUAAAUUCCCAUUUGAGGUGGUGACAUUUAGAUUUUGAAUCAGAAGCAACUUUAAUUUGAACAAAUAGUUUGAAUCAUAGUUUGUAAACUUGGAUCAACUUGGUCGGGUUAACUCGUAAACUGGUAAACAGGUCACCUAACUGUUUCGUUUGAUGAAGGAAACCGGUCAUCUAUGACUUGGCUUCAACUUAGUCAGGCCAGCUCUAACUUGGACAAAUCAAGCCAACCUGGGUUAAUGGGUUGACCCGGAUUAGAUUUUUAUUAUUUUUAUUUUUUGGUUUUCUUUUCUUUA